AUGGAACCAGAAAACAAGUAUAAAGCAGUAUAUGAAAAUAUUGUUAAAUUUCAAGACUUUGCCUAUAUUCCUUUUUAUAUCACUACUUGUGUGAAUUCCAUUGCCAGAUUGAGAGUGACAGAGAAGAUAGGAGCGACUUUGGAGAGUAAAAAGUCAUCGGAUGACAUUGCAGCGGAGCUUCAUAUCAAUCCAGACUAUCUGUAUCGUACCAUGCAUUUCUUGGCUUUGAAUGGAUUCUUUGUAGAGUUGCCAGGCAAUGUGUUCCAACACACUCAACUCUCUUUGACUCUAACAGAUCCAUCGGUCAGAGAUGAAACUCUUAUGAUGAAUUCCAACAUAUUCAAUCGGUCCUUUGAGACAUUAUCUGAAUCGAUCGUCAGCGGAGUUUCUAUGGCACCAAAGGCAUGGGGUGCUACCGAUCUCUGGGAUGCAUUUGGUAAGGAUCCAAAGGAGGAGACUGAAUUUACACUUGGAAUGACUGCAAUUACUACCAGAACAUCACCAGUAUUGGCAGAACUUGGUAACUAUUCAAACUAUGAAACUAUUUGUGAUCUUGGAGGUUCUCAAGGAAUUUUGUUGGCAGAAAUUCUAAGACAAUAUCCAUCUGUAAAGAGUGCUAUCAAUUUUGAUCAAGCAUAUGUAUUUGAGAAUUCAAAGGGUCAGGAUAGAGCAAUCACAAAGAAUCCAAGAUACUCUGAGCAUCCAGGUAAUUUCUUUGAGAGUGUACCAACUGCUGACCUUUACAUUCUAAAGUCUAUUUUGCAUGAUUGGACCGAUGAGAAAUCAAGAUUGAUUCUCAAUACCAUUGCAAAGUCAUGUAAACCAACUAGUAAGGUUCAUAUCAUGGAGUAUGUAAUGGAUGAUGGUCCAAAAGGAAAUGAAGCAUAUGUCUCAAUGUUAGAUAUUUUAUUAUUACAAGUAUGUGAUGGAAAAGAAAGAACUAAGAAACAAUUUGAAGGCAUUGUUGGAGGCACUCCAUUCACAAUUGAAACAAUCUUAAAACCUACUCUACUUCAUUCCCAAAAUAUUAUUGUUUUGAAAUUAAAAUAA